AUGCCAAUUCCGCUGUCUAUCGUAUCACCCUCGUCCUUUAUCUCUAUGGAAACGGCAAGAGUUGACUCAUUGGACGCUUGCCUAGCCAAAAUAGAUGGCGUGAAGCUUGAACCCCAGGCAUCAGUCGCCAAAGAUGUUGACUUGGGACAAAUAUUGGGAGUGGAGGUUACGCCGAAACAGGAGAGAAAGGUGCUACUAAAACUAGAUCUGAUAUUGAUACCCCUGAUGGGUGUCUGCUAUAUGAUGCAGUACAUGGACAAACUGGCUUUAAGUCAAGCGACUUUGUUCAAUCUAAGAGAAGACUUGAACCUCAAAGGGCCGGAAUACUCUUGGGCCUCAGCGAUCUUUUAUUUUGGUUAUUUCGCGUGGAGCUGGCCAAGCUCCUACCUUAUUGUCCGACUUCCCAUUGGAAAGUAUCUCAGUGCCUCAGUGUUCCUUUGGGGAGGAUUUCUUCUCUGCCAUGCGGCUGCGAGAAAUUUUGGUGGUCUGAUGGCUGCGCGUUUCUUCUUGGGAGUAGGCGAAGCUGCUAUCGCCCCCGGGUUUGCUCUUAUUACCGGCAUGUACUACAAACGAGAGGAGCAACCGGCAAGACAAGCUGCAUGGUUCCUUGGCAACUGCAUCUCCACCGUCAUCGGUGGUGUUGUUGCUUAUGGCAUUGGAACCAUCCAAAUCCACGCUAUCACAAGUUGGCAACUCCUAUUCCUGUUCUUGGGUGCCAUUACCGCCGGCAUAUCCUUCUUCCUCGUCGUGCUGCUGCCCGACUCCCCGCAGAAGACCAUCUUCCUAACCAAGACAGAGCGUUCCAUCGCAGUGCAGCGAACUCUCAAAAAUAAGACAGGUGUGAUGGAUGGUGGAGACUUCAAAUGGAAUCAAGCAUGGCUGGCACUUCGAGACCCGCAAACAUGGUUUCUCGUCCUGUAUACAUUCUCCGUCAACCUAUGCAACGGAGGCAUCACUAGUUUCUCUUCAAUAAUUAUAAAUGGCUUCGGCUUCACCCAACUUAAGUCCCUUCUAAUGCAGAUGCCCCUGGGCGCUGCGCAGGUUAUCUUCUUGGUUAUGACCGCAGGCAUCGCCACCAUCGUUCCCAAUACCCGGAUCAUCAUGAUGAUCUUCAAUACAACCGUCUCACUGAUUGGUAUGAUCCUCGUCUGGAAACUAGAUGACGACAAUCAAAAAGGCCGAUUGGCCGGAUUGGCGCUGGGCGCGGUCUUCGCAGUCAACAUUCCGUUAUCCUUGAGUAUCAUUAGUUCAAACGUCGCCGGGUUUACUAAACGAAGUGCAACGAGUGCGUUGUUGUUCGUCGCCUACUGUAUAGGGAAUAUCGUUGGUCCUCAAUUUUUUGUCGUCUCUGAGGAACCGCAUUACCCGACCGGUAUGAAGGCCGCUAUUUCUGGCCUCGCUUUGGGUGCCUUUUUCUUAGUUUGCUUGCUAGUUUACUAUGUCGUGGAGAAUAAACGCCGCGACAACGUGUAUGGUCCCGCUUCGCAGUUGACUGAGGCCGAGGAGCGGAUGCAAGGGUUGUCGAACAAGACAGACCUUGAGAUUGAGAGUUUUCGCUAUGUCAUGUAACGCC